AUGUCCCGACUCAUCGGAUUACUGUUAGUGGUUUGCUUGGCCCUAGCAUCGGCUGCCUCAUUUAAAAAUAGUUUAAGAAAACCAGUGAACGAUGACAGGAGUGGUCGGAUUGCCGGAGGACAAAACGCAACAGUCACUCAAUUUCCUUAUCAAGCAGCUCUGCUCACACCUGCGAGGUUCUUUUUCUGUGGAGCAACGAUACUGAAUCAACGCUGGGUUGUGACGGCAGGGGCAUGCGUUAUCGGGCUUACCAAUCAGGAUCUGCUUGUGUUUGCUGGUAGUAAUCGUUUAACCGAAGGAGGUGUUACGAGCCCAGUAAGCAGAAUCGUCACGCAUCCUAACUUCAACGUCGACGUGUAUGCAAAUGAUGUAGCCGUUGUGCAAGUUGUGAAUCCUUUUCUGUUUUCCGAUUCUAUCCAACCAAUUCCGAUGAGAGUAGCGUAUGUCGAAGCUGAACGGAAUGCAACGAUUUCAGGAUUUGGUCGUGAAUCGAUCUCCGAUAGUAACACAGCCGAUCAGCUGCGCUUCCUGACCGUCGAGAUAAUCACUCAAUCAGAGUGCCAGGCUGCGUUCAGUGAUCCCUACACGGAGCGUUUGGCUGAUAAUACCAUUUGCUCACAAAGUCCCGCAGGUCAGGGAAGCUGCCUAGGCGAUGCUGGCGGCCCACUGGUUUACAACAACGAGCUGGUAGGAAUCCUCUCGUGGGGAAUUCCUUGCGGUGAAGGUAUGCCGGAUGUGUACGCUCGAAUUUCCAACCACAGGGCGUGGAUCCGUGUGCAUACGAUGGUUUAA